GUAUAACCUAAAAAUCGUAUAAUAAUUGUACACUUAUCUUGUUAAUGAUAUUCUUAUUUUUCUUAAUGAAUUUUUCUUGUUGAAAAUAAAAAAAAAACAUGUUAAGAUCGAUAGGUUUUUAUGCAGAUCAUUUAAAGACAUUGGUUAGACCAUUUUUAAGCACGACGACAGAAAAUGUUUUAUUACAGAAUAAUGGCACAGAUUUUAUUUAUCAGCAAACACGGAAUGCUUUUAUUUUGAGAAGAAAGUUUAAACCACCACUUUUCAAAAAGUAUGAAAAAUAUAGAAUGCAUAGACCUAAGUAUUUUGUUUACCAUUUUGUAGAACAUACUGAAAGCAAGAAACAGGCACCAAUCAAACUGUUAUUAACAUCUGAUGUAAAUAAGAUUGGUUCAAGGGGAGAAAUUGUUUCAGUACCUCCUGAAAAAGCUCAUAAUAAUGUCAUUCUACCUAAGUUAGGAGUAUAUGCAACUCAAGAAAACAUUGACAAAUAUAUUACAAAAAGUAUUGAUGAAGGACCUAAACUUUCUUUAAUAACACAACAAGUAAUAAAUACUUUAUCAACUAUGAAUUUAUCUGUAACAUUAUCACAAGAAGUUCCAUGGACUAUAGAGAAAUGGCAUUUAAAAGUAAGUUUCCGCAAAGCAGGAUUUUAUGUACCCGAAGAAGCAAUAACUUUACCAGAAAAAACUAUAUCUGGACCUGACUUAUCUCUAGAAGGAAAACAAUUUUAUGUCAUUGUAACAAUUAAUAAUAGUGAAGAAGUAAAAGUUAGGUGUAGGAUUCAUCAUUACAAUGUAUUUGUAAAGGAUUUUUGGAAGCAUUUAUUGGAGCCAGUUUUCCCAGAAGAUAAACCAAUAUUAGAUUCUAUGCCCCUACCUCGUAAUAUACAAAAUUUAGAGUAAAAUGUAUCAACUUCCUAUAUAUUUAAUUGUUAAUAAAUGUAUAAUGCUAAAUAA